CACAAAAUUAAACGAAAAAUUCAAUGCAGCCAUCCGCGGUGACAAUUGCUGGGCUUCUACAACUGCUGGGAGUCUGCUUCUUCUUCAGCCCGCCCGAGGAUCACUGCUCGCCGGCCCCCGCCCUGGGCAGCUGGGUCUUCCUGUUGGUCAUUCUGUGCUUUCUCUGGGACGUUAGUAUUUAUCCGCUGCGCUACAUGCACAUGUCCGGCUACUGGCAACUGCUGAUCGAGACUGUGAUGGCGAUUUUCCUCGCUGAACUGGGAGCGAUCAUCAUUUGGUGUUCACUGGAGCGCGUGCUCUACGGCAUCACCGAAGGGUUCCUCAACAUGUUGGGGAUCAACGGGUGCGAGCCCUCGGCCAUACAGUACUGGCUCCUGGGUCUCAUCACCACGGCGGCGAGCGGAGCGCUUCUCUGGUUCAUUCUCGAGGCCACCGAUGGCAUGUUCUACCUGGAGUGGCAUAGCCGUAAGUUGAGGAGAAACCUGCGGCAGGGCUGGGCGUUGAUGAGCUGCUACCUCCGCAUGAGCAAGGCGGCCAGGUGUCGGGCCGUCAAAGCCUGUCAAUUGGCCACUCGGAAACGAUGUUCAAGAAAGUCCCGCCGUCCACAGGAAGAGGACGAGUGCGGGGAGGAAGAUGAAUGUAACUGAGUUUCGUUUGGAAUUUACGUUUCCGUUUCGCCAGUCGUGACUGGGUUUUCUUAUGGACUAGCAUUGGAAAUUUCAUCGUUUUUCUCCAUUUCUCACGUCCCCAUCCUUUUUACACGACUGUGACAAUAAAUUUGGCCAGAGAAGA